GUGAGGUAAUGUGCUUGGGGUAUGAUAUACGCCGCUCCACGAGGGAGGCGGAGGCUGAGCCUGACGUGCGCUGCUUGCGUGGCUUGAAUAGGAACAUUGUUUGAGGGAGGGAGAUAAUGAAGGAGGCUACACGCACACAAAAGGCACACGCACACACACAAGCAGGCAGGCAGCCAGGAGCGAGAAACCGGAGAAAGAAGGAAAGCUGGUUGGGCCGGAGAGGAAACGAGGAGCAACACCGGCUCCCGGCUCGCCACCCCCACGGCUGGCGUUGGAAAGGAGGAGCCGCAGCAGCAGCAGCCUUCCCUUGAGCCGGGGGUGGAGGGGACGGAGGAACGGCCCGGUGCGGCGGCGGUGCUGGUGGAGGCCGGCGGUGGAACAAGGAGUCCUGGAGGCGGAGUCGCCGGAGCGCAGCCGCCCGCUUGUAAACAGAUCUGGGGCCUCCACGUGACCGCCUCCAGUACCUGAGAGAGUGUCGGGGCGGCAUUGUGCUGCCCGGCCGGCGGGCGGGCGGGCGAGCGAGUGAGCGAGCAGGAGUCGCCCCCGGUGGGCCGACGACAACAAAGCCGAGGGAGAGACGCGCGCUGUAGAGCGCCGCUGCGGCGGCGGCGGCGGCCUUGGGGGCGACUGACGCCGCUCUCUGGCCUGAGCCUCUCCCUCCAUCGUAUCCCAGCCGGCCCCGCCAGAGGAGCGCAUCCUUCCUUUUUCCUUCCUCCCUGCCGCCGCUAAAAUGGCUGAUGCUGGGCAGUGACUGAGUGAGUGUCCGGCAACCGCUGUGAGAGAGCCGGAAGAAGCCCCGUGCCGUGCGGCGGGAGGCUGCGAGCACCGCUGUCCCCGCCGCCACCAUGAGCACCUUCGCCUUGGAAGAGACGCUGGAGGCGGACUGGGUGGCCGUCCGGCCUCACGCUUUCCACGAGCGGGAGAAGCACAAGUUCGUCUUCAUCGUGGCCUGGAACGAGAUCGAGGGCAAGUUCGCCAUCACCUGCCACAACCGGACGGCGCAGAGGCAGCGCAGCGGCUCCCGGGAGCUCCGCCGCGGCUGCAGCAGUAGCAGCAGCAGCGGCAGCAGCCCCGGGGGAGCCGAGCAGCGAAGCUCCUCUGCCUCCAAGGCCGCCGCCGCCGCCGGGAGCCCCACCUUGCGCAGGAGCCCGGCCUGGAGCGCCGCCGAGCCCGGCCAGGCCAGGAGCUCGCCGGCUUCCCCUGUCCGGGCCGAGGCGUUGCUCAGGAGUCCCGGAGGCCGAGUGGCGGAGGCGUCGCCGAGGAGCCCGGCUAGGGCGAGGAGCAGCCCGGCGCGGAGGCCUCAGCCUGCCCCGGAGGCGCCUCCGCCGCCGCUCAGCCCCGCGGCCUGCGCGGCCGAGGAGAUCGAAGUGCUGGAGCUGGGGAAGGACGAGCCUGCGGCAGGAGGAGGCGCCGUUCUGCUGCUGCCGUCUCCGCUCGCCGGGCCUCAAGCCGCCGAACCACCCUCGGUGGCUGCCUGGGAGACGGAGCCGCAGUCGGGGGAGGAAUGCAGCUGGGCUGGCCUCUUCUCCUACCAGGACCUUCGGGCCGUGCACCAGCAGCUGUGCUCGGUGAACUCGGAGCUGGAGCCCUGCUUGCCGGUCUUCCCCGAGGAGCCCUCGGGCAUGUGGACGGUCCUCUUCGGCGCUCCGGAGCUGUCUGAGCAGGAGAUGGAAGCGCUGUGCUACCAGCUGCAGGUCUACCUGGGCCACUGCCUCGACACCUGCGGCUGGAAGAUCCUCUCCCAGGUGCUCUUCACUGAGACGGACGACCCGGAGGAGUAUUACGAGAGCUUGAGCGAGCUGCGGCAAAAGGGCUACGAGGAGGUGUUGCAGCGGGCCCGCAAGCGCAUCCAGGAGCUUCUGGAAAAACAUAAGAAUACAGAAAGCAUGGUGGAGCUGCUUGAAUUAUAUCAAAUGGAAGAUGAAGCAUAUGGUGGUCUUGCUGAAGCCACUACGGAACUCUAUCAAUACUUACUGCAACCAUUCCGAGAUAUGAGGGAACUUGCCAUGCUCAGAAGACAGCAAAUAAAGAUUUCUAUAGAGAAUGAUUACCUAGGACCUAGAAGAAUUGAGAGUCUUCAAAAAGAAGAUGCAGACUGGCAGCGGAAAGCCCACAUGGCUGUGCUUUCUAUUCAAGAUCUUACUGUGAAGUACUUUGAAAUAACAGCUAAAGCACAGAAAGCUGUGUAUGAUCGAAUGCGAGCAGACCAGAAAAAGUUUGGUAAGGCAGCCUGGGCAGCAGCAGUGGAGCGGAUGGAAAAGCUUCAGUAUGCAGUUUCUAAGGAGACUUUGCAGCUGAUGAGAGCAAAAGAAAUCUGUUUGGAGCAGAAGAAACAUGCAUUGAAAGAAGAGAUGCAGAGUUUACAAGGUGGCACAGAAGCCAUAGCCCAUUUGGACCAACUAGAAGCUGAUUAUUAUGAUCUGCAACUUCAGUUGUAUGAAGUGCAGUUUGAAAUCUUGAAGUGUGAAGAGCUGCUGCUGACAGCACAACUUGAAAGCAUCAAAAGACUUAUUUCAGAGAAAAGAGAUGAAGUAGUAUAUUAUGAUACUUAUGAAAGUAUGGAAGCCAUGCUUGAAAAAGAAGAUAUGGCAACAUCUAUACACUUGCAAAGAGAAGAAUUGCAGAAAUUGCAACAGAAGGUUCGCCAGCUAGAAGCAAGGCGUGGGCGCAUAUCAGCCAAGAAAGCCUACCUCAGAAAUAAAAAGGAGAUCUGCAUUGCAAAACAUAAUGAAAAAUUAUUGCAGCACCUUCAAAGUGAAGAGGAGUCAAGUGCUCACCAUACUGCAAAGUUUAACAGGGAGCGGUUGCAAGAUGAGGAAGAAAGAAAAAGCUCAUGGGUUAGUCAGGAACGGCAGAAAACACUGGACAGACUUCGAACAUUUAAACAGCGCUAUCCUGGGCAGGUAACACUUAAAUCAACCAGGCUUCGACUGGCUCACGCAAGGAGAAAAAGUAUAGCCAGUUCAACAACUUGUGCUGAUCAUUCCCUGUCUUUACCAGUAACCACACAAAUGGACAAAAGACCCCAAGACAUAGGGCCAGAAAAAGUGAUCCAGCCUUUACCAAUCCGGGAGCCUAGGAGCUUAGGACAACUUGAAGAUACUGUUUUACCUCCCUGUGAUAUUACCUCUGAAUUUUCUCAAAUUACUCCUCUUCCAACUUCCAUCAGUAAUGAACUUCACUCAGAUAUAAUCAGUGAUGCACCACUUCCUCCUCCUCUGCCGCCACCACCACCGCCACCUUUGCCACCUUUGCUCACCAAGGAAGAAUCUACUCAAUGCUCUGAAAAAAGUAGGAGCCCUGUUAAACAGGACAGCAUGGAAAAGCCAGCCCUACUGGUACCAUCAGCUCAUUUUUUUGAUAGCAGCCAGUUAGUCAGUGCCAAGAAGAAGCUAAAGAAAACUGGUGAUAUAGAAGGCUUGCAGAGGAGGAGAGUGAGUUCCCCAAUGGAUGAAGUGUUGGCUUCCUUGAAGCGUGGUAGCUUCCAUCUGAGAAAGGUGGAGCAGAGAAACCUCCCUCCUUUCCCUGAUGAAGAUGAUAGCAAUAACAUCUUGGCACAGAUAAGAAAAGGUGUGAAACUGAAGAAGGUGCAAAGGGACAUUAUGAGAGAGUCAUUCACUAUUUUACCUGAUGAUGACCCUUUGACGCGCAGCAUCCACGAAGCACUACGGCGAAUUAAAGAGGCAUCACCAGAGUCUGAAGAUGAGGAGGAGAACCUGCCUUGUACAGACUGGGAAAAUUAAGGUGCUAAGAAUUCCACAGAACAUGAUUUUCCUGUCACUUCAGAACAUUCAUGGUCAGCACUUUGAUCCCCACCAACUUCAGUCUGGGAAAGGUUUCACUUUGACAAACAAUGUGAUAUGUACAUAAGAGCCUGAAUACUUUUUUUUUAAAAUUCAUGGUAGAAGAUUCUGGUUGGACCAAAGCUACAUUUAUUUAGAUGUGCAUUUUAUGUAACACUAAAGAGAGUGAACCCUUCAAGAUGUUUUUUGGUUCUUCGUUCACUUUCCCCACUUGUGUGAUACACAGUUAAGUAAGCAGCUAUUGCCGCAAAGCUUCUACCCAACGUAAGAUACUGGGACAGAUAUGAAAUUCGCCUUUGUUUCACUGAAGACUUCAUCUGCUCAGAAAACAAACUACUACUUUCGCAUCAGCUUCUUCUACAACAGCAAGAUGUUACACAAAAGUCCUCGUUGCUCAGCAUAUGUUUCAUACGAAAGACGGAUUUCAGAGAGAGAAUGCAUUUCUUAAUUUUUCCAAGUACAAAUUACGUUAGCUUGAAAAUGAGAACAAAUGGCUACACAGAAUAAUGGAAAGUACCGUAAGACAGGAAUUAUAUGUAUUUAAGAAUGUAUUUGUUUACAGCCUAGUACAUUUAAAACGGUAUAUAACAGAACCCUUUAGGAAGGCCAUGUAUACUUUGUACAUCUUAUAUUUUUAAAUUAGGUUUUUCCUUGCUCUUAUGAAUAGAAAUGUUUUAACUGCAGGGCUGGGUUAUAAUAAAGUUACAUAAAUUUUUAUUUAUAGAAGCAAUAUUUUGUAAUGAGAAUACUUAAAAUUAUUUUUGUCUAUUAGUUUGACUGUUCUUUGAUUACUCUAAGGAACCUUUAUUUAAGGAGAAUGCAAAACUGAAAUAAGAUUUUUCUUUUAAAUUGUGGAAGCUAUAAUAUCCCCCCCCCCCGCCACCAGUUUUCAUUCUUCCAUUCCAUUGUUAGUCAUAUUUGAAUUAUAUAACAGCCUGCUUAUUUGAAAAGACACUUCUUUUAACCCUGGUUGUAUAAUGGCCUAAAGGAGGCAUAGCCUUCAGUACAGUGCAUAUCUAAAGCAACGUAAUCCCAAACAGCAUGACUGAUAGCUGCAGGCAGCUAGUUUUAGAAUAACAGAGUACUGAACAGUAUUUCUGCACCAGGGCUAACCUUGCCCUUAUUAAAGCUCUGUGGUUGAUACAAUCUCCACUUGUAAGAGAGUCUUAAGCUUGGCCAGCUUCUUAUUGAAAUACAGUUUAACAUGUACUAUGCCAGUGAACCUAUGAUCCCUUAUCUUAAGGGGGGAAAGUUUUAAACUCUACCCAUUCAUGAUCUAUUAUAAGCAGAUUCCAUGAGAGCUGUGUAUUGAAAAAAAUGCAUUUAGUAAUCCUACUUAACUUCCUAACAUCAGGUUAAAUAUCUUGCCCAUUUUCCUUUUAAAGAUAGUUGGGGUAUGCAGAAUCCUUGAGAAUAACGUUUUGCAACAUCAGGCAUGUCAGCUCUUGGGUCCUCAACAGUGACCACCUUGACCAGUAAGAUAUCAAAUAUUGUAAUGGGACACUUGCCCUUCUGUACUUGGCAGGUGGACUUUUUCUUAAGCUUAUUGCCUUAUAUAGUAUGAAAUGCUUUCCUUCUCCACAGGCAAGCUUGAGAGUAGCAUGGGUUCAGCUAAUAUGGAAGCGCCUUCCCCUGAAGGGACAAAGAGCAUCAACUCCGUUAUGCAUUGACCAUUAAUUUGCUGAUAACCAGGCAACCCACGUUUCUUCCCAAGUUACUGCAUAUUAACCAAAAUAGCAUUAUACAGUGUGGUGAUAAUCCAGGUAAUGCAGGGUUUGGUGGCAAUAAUUCAUUAGCUGCAAAAUGUAUCUGUAAACCUUUAGCAUAGACCAUAUUGUAUGUAGUUUUUGUGCCUUUGCUGUUUAGUCACCUACACUCCAAAUUUCCAUUCUGUAAUAUAUUGUGUUUGAGUUUUUAGCCAUAGCACAAAACAUGAACUUCUAAUGGGUCAUGGAAAGCUUCACACAGUUGCAGCAGGAGCUUCAAGCACCACAUUUCACUGGGCAGUUCACAUAAGAUAAGAUAUUAAGAUAUUCUCCUCUCAGGAAGGAGAUUGAUAAAUAAAACUUAUUGGAAACUAGGAGUAAACACUCCUUGCCUUUGCACUAUUUUGCAUCCACAAAUUCUGAAUUUAUUGCAAGAAUCUGAAACUGGCUUUGGUCUGUAAAAUGGCUUAUUCAUAGGAACAUAUUUUAUACACACUGGCUGCUGCACAGCGGUUGAUCUCACAUUCAGACUUGUGGUUUGUUAGGAAGCAGAGAUUAAUCUGGUUGCCAGUAAUCACUGGACCGCAUCCUACAAUAAUUUGUCAUUAAAGUACAAAAACUGUACAAGUAGCCAUGUGCAAUUGCUUAUACCAGUUUCCCCAAGCUGUUUGACUAAUGUCAAUUCCUAAUUCUGUUGCUUGAAGACAUUCUGUGUGAACGCUCACAGCAGGCUGAGAAACCGCUGUUCUUGGGGCUGGUGUAUUUCCUACAACAUGCUUAGAAAAUAUGUAAGCAUUUAAAAAGAGAUCUUGGUUAAUGCUGUUUGAAAUGGCAUUCAAAUCCAAAUCUAUGCAGCUGAAAAGUGUGCAUGAAAAAUUCAUUUCAGUAUUUUGUGCUGUAGUCUGCCAUACAAGAAUGAGACUAUAUUUUGUAUUGCGAGACAUUCUUUUAAUUAAUUUCUUGUCCAGUCUACAUGUCAUGAAACUAUGUGAGUGUAUUUCAGACAUAACGUUGGUGAUGGCAUUUCUCAAGGAACAACUAAUGCCAGUUAAUGGCAUUAAUAACUGUCGUGGUUUACUGGUAUGAUUUGGGAAUUUUAAAGCAGGGGUCCAAGGAGCUGAGAUGUUUUAUUUCCACUAGCAAAACAAAUUAAGUGGAAGGGAAACAGCAAACAUUUGUUUCAGUAGCUUCAUUUCUAUUGAAUAGUCUCAUGAGUCUCUCUAAUUUUACUUGCUUGGUUUAUUUAUAUAAUUAGUUUAAUAUUAUUUAGCAUAGUUUUGCUUCUUGUUUCGACCAUUUGCUUGUAAAGCUUUUCAAAACAGAACAGCUUCUAUCUUAAAACAGAUACCACAAAAACAAAUUAACAGCACUAAAUUAUGCCCUGUAGAGAGUAAACCUACUUCACUUUAAGGAGUCUUUGCAUUUGAGUGUUGACUUAUGUAGACAUGGUCUUCACAGUAUCAGUGCAUUUUGUAAUGCAGACUUGUGAAAAGGGGAAACUUUCACUACUUGUCAAUGUUAAAUUUUUAUUUGCACUGACUUGAAAGAGUGGAAUUGUAAAUUAAAGAGCUUUUGAUUUAUGAGCAUAUUUUAUUUUCAUGAUAAUGCUUUUGUAAUUUGGUUAACUGUGUUAAAUGUAAUGAUCUUGGAAGCAAAGCGUGAAGCAAGAGAUGUCUGGUGUUGGCGAACUGUUAACCAGCAAAUAAUGGACUUAUGGCAAAGAAAUGACAAGAGAUGCAAGCACCUUCACAGCAUGUUGAAUUUUUAAACGCUACUGGAUUUGAUAAGACAGCAGCUUGCUAUCAGUGUUGACCCCAAUGCAACGACAGUAACCCGUUCAUAGAAACCAGUUCCUUAUCAGAGAGCAGCACCAAUCACCAUGGAAGGGGAUAUGGGGCUCCAAUACGCCAGCCCCUAGCUGCUGAACAGGCAGUUGGUCCUGCCUCUCUGCCAGCUUGGAUCAUGCCUUAGGCAGGUUGGCACCUGCUGGUGUAGUGGCAGAUAGGCCAGCCUUUGGCUGCAGGCAGAGCGCCCAGGAUUGAGGCAUGCACUGCUUAGUGUUCUUUAGAAGAGGAAAGCACAUUGUUUUGAUGGUUACCAUAUAGUAGUCUAUAAAACACAGCUCUAGCUGGUUUUGUGCUAUAAAUAUAAUGAAUUCCAACAAAUUAGACUUCUGUUGCUGCAUAAAAUCUUAUGCCAUGAAAAUCUAAUUUUAGAAAGGGUGGGGCUACACCAGUAUCUCUUGGGGAGCUGCUUUCUAAUGUGUUGCACAGCAGUUAUUUAAGACCAUUCAUCUGAAAUUACUGGCAUUGACAUUUUUUAAAAAAACAUUCGUGGUGGUUACAAUUUUUUAUUCUUAUUCAUUCUCUCUCUGUGUGUGUCAGAAUUUUAUCUCAUUUCCCCUACUAUGAAUUGAUGCUCACAAUAUCCCUGAUGAAAGUAACCAGAGGUCCACUUCAGGCAGUCCUUUGCUCCACACCUCCUACUUCAGGUGAGAUUGGGAGAGGACUGCAGGCUUUCCCCCACUUUCAUUGUACGGAGAAAAAACUGGUUCUGUCUUGGACAGCCAGGGAUAUCCUGUGUCCAGAUAAAUAUGGGAUUUCCCAAUUUGUUUGCAGUCACCAAUGGGAACUAUAAACUUAAUUCUGGCUUAGCUAAUACUCUUUAAGAUAUACAAUAUGUUAAAUAUGUAUAUAUAACAUAUUAUGUACAUAUAUACAUCAUCAAACUCUGACGUGUUUCUGAACUUAGAGCCCUUUUGGAGCACAGGGGAAUGGGAGAGUUGUGUGUGGCUCCUGUCACACCCCUGCAGUCCCUCAAAGUGCAUGCGUUUCACUAGUUGGGAUGUCAGCUGGUGUCAUGGUUGGAAGCAGGGAGGACGGGGACGAUGUGCUACAAGCACAUACUGCCCUUUGCUCCUUCCGUGUAAAACCCUCUCGCCAGGCAGAUGCAAAGGGAAAUGCUUUUGUUUCUGUGGGGCAGAACGGGGUGUAUUUGAGCUUGAUCUCAACUCUGGUACCAUUCUGUAGGGCUGUAGUAUUGCCUGAAUAGGCCAUAAUUUGUGACGUGGGGGUGUUGCUGAGCAUGCAGUGCUGUCAAUGACACUUGGCCGAAUUUGCAUAGGCACUUCUCAGUCUUUUGAUACGUCCUCCAGUACGUCUAGUCCAGGGCUAGGCAAUCCUGGCUGUCCAUUUGUUGUUGAACUACAACUCCCAUCAUCCACCAUCAAAAUAUAUUGUGCCUGGGGAUGAUAGGAGUUGUAGUUCAACAACAGCUGGAGAGCCAAUGUUGCUUACCCCUGUCCUUGUAAGCCCCACUGCUGGAUUAUUUGAUGGCCGUUGGCAGCACAACCCUCAGAAAGGGGAGGAGUGAGAAUGAAACCCCAAACCAAACUGUAAUGUCUUUGUACAGUGGUGACAUCAGAAACUUAAUUUAGUGCUGAAUCAUAACUGCAAUAACUUCCCAUACAGACAAUUGAUAGCUUUUUCCUCUUCUGACAGUGACUUACAUUGCAUCUUACCACAUGAGGGCAGUACUAAGUGUGCUGCCUGUUGUGCAAUCACACGUCCUGCACAACCUCUGUCAGGAAGAGUGGAAGUAAUGCAUGGUGGGCAAUUGUGCAGGAAGUGGCAGCAGCAGCAGCAUUGCUACAUAUUUUGGAGCCCCACAACAGUGUGGGUGGGUCUGGCACCACCUAUGUUCCACUGCAGGGUAUGUAAGCCAUGGGUCAUAAAAUGCGUAAUGUUAAAAAACAAACACACACCUAAGCAUUUUAUACAUUCACUUGCUCAUGAUGCCAUCUACAGUCCAUGUAAGUCAAUGACAAAUAUGGCAUUGAUUCUAGUUAUUGUUUGGGUCAUUAUCUGGAACUCCUCUUGGGAAGGACUUGAUUUUCUUCAUUACGUUUCACAUAAAUUUGGAAGGAUCCCCCCCCCCAAUUCUCCACUUUCUCCCUUUUAAAAAACUCUGUUUGCGUAUGUAUGUGUGUGUGUGUAUAUAUAAAUGAAAUGUGCAAUAUAUAUAGUGCUCAUUCAAAGGUGGAGAACAGCACCUCCUUGGACUGUUGUACUCCACGUUUCAGUGCUCUCCCACAAAUUAGUCCCUGCAGGGUAGGAAGCUGGGAGCGCAGUCCUGGGCCCCUAACAUGCUAGUUUUCUAUGGUGUGUUUGUUUUGUUUUGUAAUAUCAAGGAGAACAUUCAAAACCUGCAAUACUCUGCAUGCAAUCCAAAGUGGUACAGAGUAGGAAUGACUAUCGUACACUGUUUCUUGAAGUAUGGUCUUCUGGCCAAACUAGAUGGGACUUGGAGAUUUUUGGAUCUUCCUUAUUUUUUCUUAAAAGGUAACAGAGGACCCCAAGUGAGAUUGGGGCAUGGCUCUUAGAGGGGAUUAAUUCUUUCUCAGUUUAAAUAACUCCUGAAGCAACUAUCUUCCUGUAGGGCAAAAACAUAGAGAUACCUGUAUUUUCCCCUCUUAGGGCAAAUAGUUGGGGAAAUGGCAGAUAGGGAAAGGUUUCAAAAACCUUUCCCCAGCACCACUGCCCUGAUCCAAUUCUCUCUCCACCAUCAUGGCUUUUAGCUUUCUAAAAAGCAGCAAGAGGGCCAGUCGCAGCUGUCAUGUCCCGAAGUCUCACGUCCCUGUGCUGGCAGCCUACUUGACAUCUAUUGCAUUCUGCAAUCUGCCAAGAGCAGAACUGUGCUCAUAUGUUUGCUGAAAUGCAGAAAGUUGCCGUUUAUUUGCAUGAGUUGUUAAGGGUCAAUGAAACCCUCCAUUUUCGAAAAGCUAAAUGUCAAAAGGAAAAAAAUGAUUCACCAUUCACGAACAGUGUGCAGAAUAGAAUAAAAAUCAGCACACUUUGCUAUACUGCUUUAGCACAAUUAUACUGACAUGGACAUUGUAAAUGGCCAUUGCAUUUCUAAAACACCACUGCAAAUUUGCAGUCCCUUUAUCAUUUUCAGUGUUCUAAAGUAUUAAGCAAGAAGCAUAAACUACAUGAGCAUUCUUAGCAAUAUUUUGAAAACUUAAGUUUUAACUUUACCUUUUUGCUUUUUCCCCUUUUAGUGCAGUUUUCUUGCAACUUUAUUAUAUUGCUUUGUACUUCAUGUUUUUUACUAUCAUGGCUUCAAAAUUCAAACCUGUACAAAAUUCAAACCUGAAUGACUUGUCUCUUGUACAUGCAAUGUAACAACAUACUUACAGUUUUUGGUGCUUAAAAAUUGUUCCUUUGUUUUCUUUAAUAAAGGAUAUUUAUUUGAA